GCUGGCCAAUCACCAUGAAAUGCUUUCCCUUAGUCCCUCCGACCAUUCUCUGGUGCGAUAUACCAACGAUUCGCUGAUAGUCCAAUGCCGCAGUUCAACGUCGGAGGCGCAGCUGGUGUGGAAGUCGCCGAAAGGUGAAAUAGUAAAGGAGCACAAAGGACGCAUACACAUCGAGCAAAGUGCACCAGAACAAUUGAAAAUUGUUUUCCUACACAUUUCGCUGGGCGACAAGGGGAAGUGGACAUGCGAGGAUGCCUAUGGUGACAGAGCGGAGAAGUCUUUCGAGCUCAUUGUAUAUCAAAAAAUUGCUUUUACCGAGAAUUUCACUAUGCUUACGGGGAAGGAAGGCAAGGAUGCGUUCAUACGAUGCGAAGUGAAGGGAGAACCGCAACCAAAUGUCACCUGGCAUUACAAUGGACAGCCAAUUAGUGUUGAGACAUUUACUGGCAACUCAACGAAAUUCCAGAUUCUGGCUGACGGAUUACAGGUUCGCAAUGUAACUCAGAACGACACCGGCGAAUAUACGUGCCGCGCCUACCAAGUGAACACCAUCGCAUCGGACAUGCAGGAGCGCACCAUUUUGAUGAAAAUCGAACAUAAGCCAUUCUGGAUGCACAGCCAUCAUAUUUCACCGCAGUACGUCUACGUCAACGGAAGCGUGACCAUACCGUGCCAGGCAAUCGCCGAGCCGCCAGCGAAUUUUACUUGGCACAAGAAUAGUAGCAAGAAACGUCUGCGCAACGACAAACACUAUAGCUUCGAGACGGAUUACUAUGCAUCCAAUUUGACGAUUCAAGCGCGUGACGAUAACGUAUUCGACACGUAUCGCUGCCUCGCGGAGAACAACCUAGGCACUAUUGAACGUAGCACAAUACUGGAACGGGGCGAAAAACCACCACCACCAAGCGUUUUGCAGUUACGCGGCUUCAAUUCGAACACCUUCGAUGUGGAUGUCGGUUCGGUGCGCACCUCGCCGGUGCGUCAAUUGAUGGAUGUGAAAGGCUUUCGCAUUGAGUAUAUGACGGAAUAUGAAUUCAAAUCGGAUGCGGGCAAAUGGACGAAUGCCAAACGCAAGGAUUUUCCAUUCGAAGACGGUGCAACCUUCCUUAUCAAUUAUCUGGAAGCUGAUACAACCUAUUUGAUGCGCGCUGCCAGCAAAAAUCUCGCUGGCCUCAGCGAUUGGACAAAAGUAGCAAAAUUCCGUACACUCUCCAAUGAGCCGCCAUCCUCGUCAACGCACCUAGAGCACUUGAGUGCCACACAGUUGUUGUGCAUAUCGCUGGCGGCGUUGUUGUUGUCCAAGGAGUUGUCGUUUGGCUUUCAACCAGUGGCCAGUAUAACGAAAUUACGUCGUGCUGCAGCCGUGCGUUGGUGAAGUGAAAACGCGUUCGUGGAUUCUACAAGUAGUAGUUUGUAGGUACUGAUAGUUUAACAGCGAAGCGCAGGUGAGGUAGACUAGGAAGGGGUUUCAUGAUGUGCAGGGAAAAAAUAUAAAGAAUUGUGAACAAUUAUUAAUUAGAACUAAGGAUUAAAGGCUUCGAGAUGUUUAAUUUAAUUUAAGCGAAAUAACAACAACAUCAAGUAGAAAAAUGUUAAUUUUUAAAUACAUAUUUAUAUAA